GUUGUUUACUUGGAUCAUCACCGCGAAAUGUGAUAGCAGUCUGACGGUGUUGCCUUUAUCCCUUAAGACAUCAAGGGUGACAAUCUCGACCUAUAAAUGGCGAAAGGUACCUAAAUGCCUUUUUUGGGCACACUUCAAGUGAAACCAUUAGUAUCUAACCUUCAUUGAUUAGAGGCAAUUACGACUUUGAUAAUAUAAAAAGCUUGAAGUGUUCGAUACUACCUACCUAUACAAGAUAAGGUUUGGAAAAACGUGACAAGUGAUUCUUUUUGUUCGCGCCUUUGAUCUUGCAUGGUGAGUUUGUGGAAAGUGUUCAAAAAUAAGGCCCCACUCAUGACAGUCGAACUGUGGCAAACAUCACUUCUGUAUACCCAGGUCCCUGAUAACGACGUUUCUUAGAUAAGAUUAACAAUAAAUAUCUUCACCGUAUUAUUUCUUGACAGUGUUUUCAUUGUUCAAACACAAAAAUUAUUGUUUAAACAAAUUUCUAAGUUUAUAAGCACGCUACGUGUGUAAAUUGAAUACAAACUGUAUCUCUAAGUGUACAAAGAUAAAGAGUUUUACUUAAAUAAUCACAAUCGGUGCAUAUAGUAUACGCUAAUAAAAUGAGCAAAGACAACUGCAUUUUGACACGAACGGUGUUAUGGUAUUUGGUUUUUACCGGAUUCGCGAUAAACUACAUGAUACGCAUCAAUCUCAACAUCGCCUUGGUCGCGAUGGUGAAGCCGAAACCUGCCCAGAACUCGACCAUCACAAGCGAAUGCAUAGCGACCACUCCAAAGGCGAACCUCACGGACGUCUCUGCCGAAAGGGAGGAAAUCGGCGGUUUCGAGUGGACGGAGUACCAGCAGGGUUUGAUCUUGGGCGCGUUCUUCUGGCUGCACUGGCUGACCCAGAUACCCGGUGGAAUGCUCGCGAAUAAGUACGGGACGAAGAUGGUCUUUGGGCUUUCCAAUUUUGUUAGCGUUCUCCUGUGCUUUCUAAUCCCAACCGUUUCGUUUAUUGGUUUGGAGUAUCUCAUUAUUGUACGAUUGCUGCAAGGAGCCGUCGCGGGAUGUGCCUGGCCAUCGAUGCACAGCAUGACGGCGCGAUGGAUUCCUCCGAACGAGCGCAGCAGGUUUGUGACUGCAUAUGUCGGUAGUUCCGUAGGGGCCGCGGUGACUUUUGCGUUAUGCGGUGUGAUUAUACAUACAUUCGGAUGGGAGUAUGUUUUCUACAUUUCAGGAGUGUUUGGGACGCUUUGGUAUGCGACUUGGUAUUUCUUCGUGUUCGAUUCGCCCAUCGAACAUCCCCGAAUAUCUGAAAAAGAGAAAGAAUACAUUCUAGAUAGUCUCGGACAGAGCGUUUCAAAAGAGAAGCCCCCAGUGCCGUGGAAAGCCAUACUAACAUCUCUACCUGUAUGGUCAAACAUCUUUGCACAAAUCGGAGGAUUAUGGGGUUUAUUUACGGUUACGACCAACGGGCCAAUGUUCUUUAAAAGUGUGCACGGAUGGAAUAUUACUUCGACUGGGUUCCUUUCUGCAUUGCCUCAUCUUGCGCGAAUGAUCUUCGCCUAUGCCUUUUCGGCGUACGCCGAUUACCUCCUGACCGCCAACAAAAUGAGUCGCACGAACGUUAGGAAACUGGCAAUAGCACUUUGUAACAUCGGGCAAGGUGCCUGCAUGAUAGCUAUGGCGUACUCAGGGUGCAAUUAUACCCUCGCCAUUGUUUUCUUAACGGGUGCCAUUGGAAUUCAUGGUGCGACAUCGACGGGAGCGUUGGCGAAUUUAGUCGAUAUCAGUCCAAAUUAUGCCAGCAUCCUGCUAGGUAUGGCAAAUGGAUCAGGAGCGAUUGGAGGGUUUAUCUCCCCGUUAAUUGUUGGACUGCUCACUACAAACAAUAACUCCGUCGAGCAGUGGCAAAAGGUGUUUUGGAUAGCGGCAGGUGUUCUUAUAUCCACAGGAUUUUUCUUUAUUACAUUCGCCAAGUCUGAUCUUCAAUGGUGGAACAAUCCAAACAAUCGGUACGCAGAGAAAAGUAAUGGUUCAGAACUACACACAUUAAAUGGAAAGGAGGAGAAAGAGAACGUUGACCAAUUAGAAAAUGUGGAUAGUAAAAGAUGAUUUGAAUUUACCAUUUACCUGUUAAGUAUUAGUCGUUAAUGAAAUUGUGAUACAAAAUUUAGUGCAAAUAAAUACUUGUAGCCAUA